AUGGUGCUUGCCGCUGUCGCCCGCCCGACUGGGGGCGUUAAGAAGGAUCCGGCCCUUCUGGAGUUCACCAAAUCUUUGUCAGCUGUCGCUCGGGCCUCCCGCUGGAGGAAGGCAUUGGUUUCGUUGCAGAGUGCAGCCAUUGCGCUCCUGCAGGUAGAUGCCUUUGCAUGCAGCGCUGCGAUUACUGCCUGCGACCGAAAAAGUAUCUGGGUUGGUGCGCUUCGGCUCUUCUGGCGCAUCGGCACGCUGUCGAUUGAAGCCGACACCCCGUGCUUUAGCGCCGCCCUGGGAGCCGUGGCGAGGUCGAACCUCUGGGAGCAGAGUUCGCUCAUCGAGGAGGAGCGGCGAGAUCGACACCUUGCCGCCUCUGCGACGUCUGCAGCGAAUCUGAUCUUCAGCUUUCGUGGCCGCUGGAAAAGUGCCUUGGACCUUCUCGCCGAUCUUCCGAGCCGACGGGUCGAGGCAGACGUCUUUAUGGGUAAUGCUGCCUUGGCCACCUGCGAGGAUGCAGAGGAUUCCGCGCUGCUCCUGGUAUCCCAUCUCCCUGCUUUGCAAAUUCAAGCGGACAUGGUCUCAUUCAAUUCUGCAGUUGGCUGCUGUGCACGAUGUAGCAGCUGGCAAUUGGGCGAGCAGCUCCUGGCUACUGCGCGGACGAGCCAGCACCUAGACGAAGUCUCCUUCAACUCUUUGGCAGAUGCUUUUGACAAAGCGGGGGAGUGGCGCCGCGCCUCGGAAGUUCUGCACCGCAUGCAGAGCUACCACCUCCAGCCGGACCUUUUCACUGGAAGCAGCUCUUCGAGCGCUGCAUCGCGGGCUCAGGCCUGGGUGUCUUCUUUGGCCAUGUUUCGGAGCACCCGGAGCCUCGGCAUCGAAACAGACAUGGGCAACUUCAACGUGGCCGUUUCUGCCUUCGGACGAGCACAUGACUGGGGGUCAGCCAUGGCGGCGCUCAGCUGCUGCCCAAGGCCAUGGCAUUGA